GACCGAUCUCCGACUGCGCAUCCUCCCGCUAUCCAACGAACAGGACUCACCUACUGUUCAUGCUGGCCGGCCUCACUUCCUGCGAGUAACUCUUCUGUCAAUAAUCGCAAAUACAGCUCAACCUGAAGACAUUGUAACGCCGGCACGACCAGAGACGAGAGAUACUGUAGCACAAGCAUAUACACUCUCGACACUCACGACGAGAUUGUUACGACAAUACGAUAGUCAUGAGUCGCAGACUAGCAUUAUCAUACGCCCCACUCGAUGACUCCGACGACGAAUCUGCCACGCAGCAGCAACAUGAACCACACUCUAUCGGUGUCAACGAUGCCUGGCGAUACACACUUAGCCAGAAUGGUACGACUGUCCCUUCAGUCAGCUAUACAAUGGAACUCGCCCAAAAUUAUCAGCCCGCUGCUACUGUACCGGCCUUGCGACAGCCUCGGAGCUCGCCAUCGCGUCACCCGUCACUUCCGCCUGUUCCAGAGACCACCGAGGAGAAUAGCAGCGGAGGGGACAGAGCAUCUACCAGAGGCAGCAUCUCCUCGGGAUCUACUGGCACGUAUAUUGAAGCCACGUACGGCGAACCAAAGGACGACUACAUACACGUUGUGCCCAAGACCGGUCACGACUAUGGCGCUCUUCCAACCAUCAUGUCUGGCGAACCCCUUGAAUGGGACGAUGCACAGUUUACUGAAGAGCGUAACCCCUUCUCAGACUACUCAAACCACGGAGCCCUUGUACCGCAGCACACCUCCCACUCAGCUUAUUACUCAGCAGACGGGGAGCUUGCUCAGGACCAUGCUCAGGAAACAGUUCACUGGCAACCCCCUUCGCGCCCCGUGUCAGCGUAUAGCUCCGCUGCGGCGUCUGAUUAUCCCGCGCUCACUGGGUAUCCGGAUCAGCAGCCCGAUCUGGAGACGAGCUAUACGGAAUCGCAGAGUGCACUGGACCACUUUCGGCACGACACCGAGGCAUAUGCCUCCGGCACCAACUCGCGCCCCUCCUAUCGUCCGCCGCGCUCGCGGUCUCCUACGCCCGCAGUGGACGACGAGGACUAUCACAUUGUUGGGAGCGACAGCAUACACUACACCGGAUACUCACCGCAGCGACAUUCCCGGUCGCACGCGUACGAUGAGGAGCAAGACGUGGGACGUCAGCGUGCGUAUCAGUACGAGGGCGGGACGUUAUACGACGCCAAGCCAUGGCAAUCUACAACAACUAUAGCUCAGGCAGAUCCGGAGAAGACAUCAUUGUCAACAACAAGGACACCCUACACCGAGCCCGAGACACCUAUCGACACGCGUCACUUUGGGCCGGUGCCCGCGGGGCGCAUGGUUCGUCGUCGCAAGACGAAGAAACGGGUGCAGCUCACGAACGGAAACCUGGUAAUGCAACUGGAUGUCCCGCCGAAGUUGAUCAUGCCAUGGAAGGUCGAGCCCGAGAUGAAGCAGGCGCGUUACACCGCAGUGACAUGCGACCCGGACAGCUUCGAGAAAAACGGGUAUUUCUUGAGACAGAAUGAGCUUGGUAGGACCACCGAAUUGUUCAUUGUCAUUACGAUGUAUAACGAGGAUGAGGUUCUCUUCUGUAGGACUCUGUAUGGUGUGAUGCAAAACAUCUCGCACCUAUGUUCGAGGAAGAAUUCCCGCACGUGGGGUCCCGACGCCUGGAAGAAGGUCGUAGUUUGCAUCGUUGCAGACGGAAGAUCCAAGGUACACCCUCGCGUCCUGGACUGUCUGACGCUGCUCGGCGUGUAUCAGCCCGGCGCGUACAUGCAGAAAGAAGUCAACCGCGUACAGACAACGGCCCAUCUCUUCGAGUAUACGACCUCCUUCGGGCUGGAUGCGGACCUCCACUUCAAGUACCCAGACAAGGGUGUAGUGCCCACGCAGAUCAUCUUCUGUAUGAAGGCCAAGAAUCAGAAGAAGAUCAACAGCCACCGUUGGUUUUUCAACGCAUUUGCGCCGCUGUUGCAGCCCAAUGUCUGCGUGUUGCUGGAUGUCGGGACACGACCGGGACCGAAGAGCAUAUAUCACCUUUGGAAAGCGUUCGACCUGAACUCCAACGUUGCUGGAGCUUGUGGCGAAAUUGCUACGUACAAGGGAAAGCACUGGUCAGCUUUGCUUAACCCACUUGUUGCGGCGCAGAACUUUGAGUACAAGAUCGCCACCAUUCUGGAUAAGCCGACUGAGUCUCUGUUCGGCUACAUCAGUGUAUUGCCUGGCGCGUUCUCUGCCUACCGGUACAUCGCACUGCAGAACGACAAGAGGACUGGUCGGGGGCCCCUUGCGUCGUACUUCAAGGGAGAAGUCCUGCAUGGCCGAGAUACCGACAUCUUCACAUCCAAUAUGUACCUUGCCGAGGAUCGUAUCCUAUGCUUCGAGCUCGUAGCGAAGGCCAACUCAAGCUGGAUAUUGAAGUACGUCAAGAGCGCAAUCGCGGAGACAGACGUACCCGACGCUCUCCCAGAGUUCAUAAGUCAGCGACGCAGAUGGCUGAAUGGCUCAUUCUUUGCGGCGACGUACGCCAUUGCGCAUCUUGGCCAGAUCUUGCGGUCGGGCCACAGUGUCUGGCGGAAGUUCACUCUGGUCAUGGAGACGAUCUACAAUGUCAUAAACCUCAUUGCUUCCUGGUUCGCGAUCGGCAACUUCUACCUGUUCUUUAUCAUCCUCACCUCGUCGCUGGAGGCCCCUGAGUUUGGCAUGGAGGGGAUCAAAUACUGGAACGCCGUCGUCCAGUUCGUAAUGGGUGCUAUUGUCGUCGCGGCAUUUCUGUUUUCUAUGGGCAACAAGCCGAAGGCAUCGAAAUGGAAAUACCAGACGACAGCUAUCCUGUUGGCAUUAAUGAUGGUCUACCUGCUCUUCUGCGCCAUCAUGUGUGCUGUGAAGGCCGCGGACGGCGGUGGUCUGGCCUAUCGAACAAUGGUGUUCAGCGUAAUCAUCACCUACGGAGUGUACUUCGUGUCCAGCUUGCUGGCGAUGGAUCCCUGGCACCUGUUCACGAGCUUUCUCCCGUACCUAUUGCUGUCUCCAACGUACAUCAACUUACUCAACAUCUAUGCCUUCUCCAAUCUCGACGACAUCUCCUGGGGCACCAAGCAAGACACGGAAGUAGAGUCCGACCUCGGCGCAGUCAUCCAGAACAGCAAUUCGCAGGUCGACAUCGAAGUCGUCGACGCCGCGGCGGUGGACGACAUUUACAAGGAGGCGCUGGAGAACAUCAAGUACAAGCGGCCGAGCACGAAGCCUAACCCAGGGAACGGCCUCGCAGAGCGGGAGCAGGCAGCGAAGGACUAUUAUGCCAACGUCAGGACGAACGUACUCUUGACUUGGGUGUUGUCAAAUGCCGUCUUGCUGUUGGCUAUCCUAGGAGGCGGCGACCCAGUGACCACGUUCACGAGCGAUAACCUCAGCCGGACCAAGGCCUACAUGACUUUCAUCCUCGCAUUCGUCGCUAUCACCACACUCCGAUUCGCGGGCUCGACGAUGUACCUCAUCGCGCGGGUCUUCACAGGCUGAUCUUCACUUUUCCUUCCCGUUUACUCAGACCAGCUGAGGACAUUCGUAUUGUUAUGUCGUAUAUCAUGUAACACGCUCCGCCGAGAGGCGGCAGCCUAUUCACUGGCUCCAUGGACUCGUACAGAUCUCUGUAGGCACACAUGUACAUUCGGAUUACUCGUACAGCUCGGUAUAUGCACAUCUAUGCAAUACAGAACAACAUAUUCAGGUUUAAUUAGUUUUUAUAAAAAAAGGCAA